GAACCGGAGCCGCCGGAGGAGCCGCCGCCGCCCCGGGCCCAGCGCAACCGAGCCCGGUUCGGUCCCGCUCCGCCCCCGCCGGCCCGGCCGGCGCCACCAGCAUGUCCAACAUGGAGAAACACCUGUUUAAUUUGAAGUUUGCUGCAAAGGAGCUCAACAGGAACUCCAAAAAAUGUGACAAAGAAGAAAAGGCUGAGAAAGCCAAAAUUAAAAAGGCCAUCCAGAAGGGGAACAUGGAGGUGGCUCGGAUCCACGCGGAGAACGCCAUCCGCCAGAAGAACCAGGCCAUCAACUUCCUGCGCAUGAGCGCCCGCGUGGACGCCGUGGCUGCCCGGGUGCAGACUGCUGUCACCAUGGGCAAGGUGACGAAGUCGAUGGCAGGGGUGGUGAAGUCCAUGGAUGCCACGUUGAAGAGCAUGAACUUGGAAAAGAUAUCUGCACUAAUGGACAAAUUUGAGCAUCAGUUUGAAACACUGGAUGUUCAGACACAACAGAUGGAAGACACAAUGAGCAACACUACAACGUUAACAACACCACAAAACCAAGUGGACAUGCUGCUGCAGGAAAUGGCAGAUGAAGCAGGCCUUGAUCUGAACAUGGAACUACCUCAAGGACAGACAGAUUCUGUUGGUACAAGCGUUGCCUCAGCAGAACAGGAUGAGCUGUCACAGAGACUCGCCCGCCUACGGGAUCAAGUUUAAUUCAACAAAGCUGCAGUUCUUUGUUCCUGCUUCCAAACUUCCCUUCUGGAACUAACCCUGCACUACACUGGAGAUGUAAACAGUCUGGCUUAGUGUUUGAAUAUUUGUGAUAUAGGGUACUUCACUCCUCGCUUGCUACUCUUUCUAAAAUACAUUAAGUGACCCAAAAAUAUCAGCUCUGAUGUCCUUUCCUGUACAUUUGGAAGUUGAUCUAUUUUUUGCAAGCUUUUUUCACAAAUUCAAGUUGAUGUUCCAAUUCAGCCACUAAUGUUGGUACAUUCUAGUUCAAAGCCAAGCAGAGUGUCAUUGAGAUAUAUUUUAAAUUAUGAGGUGAUUUUUUAAAAUUAAGAGAACUGUUUACAGCUGGAGAACUGAUGGUUCAGUUCAGAUAAUUUUCUGACAGAGCCGAACUCCUGGAACACACAGGGGUGGACAGCAUGGAUUUCAUGGAAAAUGCACUUGUUGAAACAAAUAAGUGGACUUUUGAGUUUUUUUAGUCUUUUAAAGGUGAGGUAAUUGUGCUAAAAUUAGCAGUUUCAUUCAAAAAUAAGUUACCAAAAGCUGAUUUCAUAUAACUGGGGACUUGUGGUGGCAUCACUUUAACACAGAAGGACUUAAAUAUAUUUUUUGACUCUUUGUCUGUUGCUCUUUGCAGAUAAAAUAACAUGAUUUGUAAUGUUCCAGUUGUAUGGAGGAGCUCAUUUUAGCAAUUUCUAUUUCUGCACAGAAGGAGGGUCUGGCUGCUCUCAGGAGCUUCAAACUCUCACAGCAGUUGUAAAGUAAAAAAUGGUUGUAGAAAUUUGUAGCUGAGACCACUUGUGAUGUGUUGUGAUAAGCAGUGACUUCAAAUUAUCUUCCUGAUUUUUUUUGGGCUCAUUUUUAUGUUUUUGUCUUUGUAGGGGUGAGGGAAGGUGUGAAGCAUCAGGCUUGGGAUUGGUUUUUAAUUACCUGGUGUUCAGGGUCAUGUGGGUUUUCCAGUGUUGGGGAAAUAUUUGAGGAAAAUAAAACACUUCACUUUUUUAUUCAAGCAGGAUUUUUCAGUGAAAACGUGUAAAAAUGAUGAAACAUUUCAGAGCAGUUUCAGACUUUAUUUGGAAUGUGUUACCCAACUCACUCCAAAGGUUUAGCAGGGUGUUACAUACUGAAGUGAUCAAGGCUACUGUGAAAAUAAGAUAAGGAAAGUAAGAUAGACAAAACAACCUAAAAUGUUGUGGAAUUCUCUCUCACACUGGCAGCCAGAACUAAAACAACUAGUUUAAAAUGUGAUCUUUUCACUUGUGUAAAUGAAAAUAAGUGUAAACACCUUGAGUGUUCCUCCUGUAAACAGGAGAAAUUGGAAGAUGUUUAAAACCCACAUAAUUUUGCUACAAUCCCUUCAAAUUAUUAAUACAACAUCUUAGGAAAGGGACUAUUUACUACAUUUUCUUCUGAACAGUGUAACCAGAUAAUGGUGUAUCUAUGCAACAGGUUACCCCAGCUGAGGUAACUGUGUGUGUGCCUUUGCCUUGCUGGAUUUACUUCAUUUUUUUUGUACAUUCAGUUACUUCAUAUCAUAAUAUUGCUAGAAACUACCUGCUGUGGAAUCACUCCUCACCAGAGUUACUCUGUGGUUGUUUGAGCUUUGUGGUUUGUUGGAGCUGUCCUUGAAGUGCUGAGGGUUUCAGUGUUUAAUAUGACAGCUCCAGCUGCCUUGCCUGGCUUAUUUUAAUGAUGCUUAAUUUAAAAUUAUGUUAAAAUUUUUUUAAAGAAGUUAAAAAUCAUACUGCUCUUAGGCUGGGUUUGGGCCAUUCUGGAACUGAGCUCCCACAUGGUUGAUUUUCCAAGUUCCUGUGAGCCUUGGAGGAAUUUAAAAAUAAAGAGCCGAGACUGGGAUUGCUGCAAGAUAAAUAUUAAAUAAACUCAUUAUUUUAUUGGUGAUGCACAGUCUGGUUUGGAGUUUUGAUCUUAUCCCAGGCUGGUGAACUCUAAGACCCCAUAGAUUUCCAGUGUUCUUCCUUUAGAGGAAUUAAAAUAUAAAGGCUUGACUGACUUAACCAAGUUAGUUCUAAUUAAGGUUAAGUCUGGGAGACUAUGAUGUAAAGAGCCAGGCAGGUUUAGCUGACCUGGGGAAGAAAUAGGUGUCUGAAACAGGGAAUUUUUGCCCUGUUGGCUUCACUCCAGGAAUUUUGGUGUAUUCCAGCCGUGCCAGGAUUUGGGGCCUGGCAGCUUCUGCAGCUUCUACAUGCAGAUCUCCUGCCCUCUCCUGGGGAAGUGGUGUCUGAGAGCUGCAUUCACCAAGUUUUAACAGUUAUAUAUUCAAAUAUGUAUAUUUUUCUCAUGUCUUUUGAAAAUACUUCAAACAAAAUUACUCUUAGAGCAAUAUUUGAGUUUCAUCCUUCCUCCCUUUCGGGCUCCUCAAAACAUUUCUCUUCCCUGAGCAGCUCUGGCUCCUCACUCCGACCUUGUUUUGUCUCCUGUAAAUUGUCUGUGUUUGUACAAGUUCAUUUCAUGUUAAAUCUGUUUAUGUGCUUUUAUGGAACUUAUUCCCAGCUAAUAUUUCAAUAUUUGUGUGACCAGCAGGAACAUCUAAAGUGAAACAUUGCUUGAAACGUUGCUGGAUGGUUUUGCUCAGCAUUUUUUUCCCUCUGUUACUAAAACUGCUGGUGUGUGGUAACGUUUUGUCUCCAUUAGAAUUCCAAAACAAAGCCAUGAAGAGCUUCAGAGGAAAGGAGAGGGAAGGAAAAUCAGAACAAGAACUUUAAUUUCAUGACUGCAAUGGGAUCAAAUGAUUGAGUUGCCUUUGUGGAGAUCCUCAGAGCCAAAAAAUAGCAACUUUUUGUUAAGUAUAAUCAGCAGUUAUGCAUAGAAAUAAACUCUGAAGCUGGUGAUGUAUAUAGAGAAGAAAAUAAUUUUUGUAGCUCUGGUCAAGUUCACUUUGAAAACUGCUUUACUUGUAUGGGACAGUUUGUAAAUGUAACUGCAGGUGGUAAAUAAAAUUGUACAGACAACUUA